GUGUCUUUGGUCAGGCGCAGGAGGUCAGACGGCAACGAGAGUGCUAAAUGGCGUGGUGUCUAACGCUGUUGGUUCCCUGCUCUCACUCGGACACAGAGCAAGAGGCACGAGGCGAGGUUGAUCCUGAUGGCCGGAACGGUGGUAAAAGCCGUCAUCACCGAAGAAGCAGUCGUGAAAACCGGGCCGAUGGUGGUCGGCCUGGAAGACACCAACGGAGGUCGCGUACAGGAUGCGGAUGCAGCAGUGGUUGUCGCCGAAGGUCCCAUGGUGGUAGGGAGAGCAGAAAUGGUCCUGAGAGGGCGAGGGAAGGGGCCGCUGAGUGCGGUCGAGGUGAUAGUGUUGUCCAAGGGCCUGAGAGUGGCUCAGGCAUUGAAGCGCGAGGAGGAGGAAGGUGGUGUGUGUGGCAGUGCAGUUGUACAACUUGCACCUGUGCUACGGCUGGAGAUGAUAGGAGGGAGGCAGGACGACAUGAUGGGGACUUGGACGAGCUGCGCAGGAGGGUGCAGGGUGAUGCCAAUGGCAGGGCUCAGAGGGCAGGCUCUUAUGGUGAGGAGAUUGAGGAGGAGUACGAGUACAAUCAGAAGAUGGACAAAAAAUCGCGGGUGGCUAGGGAAACCCGGGAGCGUCAGUUCGCCAUCCAAUUAGAUGAGUUGAAAAGUGUUAAGCUCAGAAGAGUAAGAAGGCCUUCCCUGGAGGAUGUCCGUUCCGUGGAGGGCGACAAAAAGCAGCCGAACGAGGACGGGGUGGGGGAGGAGCGUGUGACUGCAGCUGCGGCUGUGUCCGAGGGGGAAGAAGAAGGACUAGGAGAGCAACUGGAGAAAGUUCUGAGAGUCGAACAGGAGGGCGACGGCACAGGUGCAUCUUCGAUGAGCAAGCGGACGAGAGAUGGACGUCAUUACAUUAGCGGUACCUCUCUUAUCCCGUUUAGCCAGUCGGACUCUUUGUCCGUAUCCCCCCUGUAUGGAGAUGAUGAGGACACAGUAGCAAGCAGUACGUCUGUCGAAGAGGUGAGUUGGAGGGUGAAAUCUGAGGUUCGUCGGGGCAAGGGUGAUUGGAGCUUCUCUGGCGCAAUCAGCCCACCAAUGUCCCGACCUGAUGUGGCCGGGAAGGCCUCUCCUUUAUCGAGAGCUGGCAGUGAAUCUGGGCAGGGUGCAAUGAAGUCAGAGGAUGGGGAAGGCUCACUUAGAGGAUACGAGAUAUCUCCUCAGGGACAAAGGGCUUGGGAGCGUGUGUCGGCAUGGAUGCAGAAGGAGGAUGGGGAGGCCAGUGGUGAAGUGUGUCAGGACGACGAAGAUGAAGCACCAGCAGCUGGAUGCGUAGGAGAGAAAUGGAGCCAUCGAAGUCGUGGCAGCUCUGUAAGAGUUGAAGUGAUCGAGGAGGGCGGAGAGGAGGAGAGUGAACCGCAGGAGAGAGGUUUGGUGCCUCAGCCUGAGAACUUGGGCUAUGGGCUCUCCAGUAGUGGGAUGGAGGCAUGGAAAAGAGUUUCAUCAUGGAUGAGCAGGGAGAAAAGGCCGUCGUUGACAGGUGAUAAGUUGAAUCACACACAGGUGGAGGGAGUAGAGAACCUAAAGACCUUCGACGUGGAGUCAGAUCUUGGUGAUCGACCAGUUGGUGAGGACAGGUCGGGGAUAGGAGUGGGGAUAGGGAAAGGCCAUCACUACAGUGGUGCUUUCAACACGAGGGAAAGGGGUGACAAGGGGGAUGAUGGCUCCCAGGAGGUCCCCGGGACUGCUUCCAUCCCAGGGAUGUCAGGAUUGAAAAAGGAAAAGCAGGGUCCUGUCGAGUUAGGGACUGGAAAGCCCUAUCGUGAUCACCAUGAUAAUAGUGCGGCAAGGAUGGGCUGCAUGGAGGUUGCCGAAGGGGAACGCGAUUCCUUGGAAGGUGAAGGGAAUAGAAAGAUUGCUCCGGGGAGGGAAGGGGUUAGGGGGGAAGGGAGCACUAUUAGAAAAGAGCAGGGAGCAGAGCGAACAAAGGGGGAUGAGAAGGAGUCUGGGGCAGUGAUAGCUAAGAAAACUGUGGAUCGACGACGCGUCAAACAGGGCCCUCGGCAUUCUUCCUUGUUGCAGGAGAAGCAGCAGGAGGGGGUGGGGAGGGGUUGGGGCAGUCUUUUCUCUUCAAGUCUUUUCUUGAAGGCGGCAGAAAAGACGGGUGCUGACUGGGUUGGGAGGAGAUCCAGUCCUGGGCAGAGUGGGGUGGGAAAGAUCAGAAGCCCCUCUAGGGCAGGGUUUGGCGGGGGCAAAAAGGGGAAGCAUAGCCCUGCUCAUCCUUCUUCAAGGGAGAAGCACCGCCAUUCGAAAGGGGGGAUCAUUGGCUCCCCACUGAGAAGGGAGGGUGGUAAGCGGACUAGUGCAGAGGGUGAUCAGGCUGAGAUUGGUGACAAGGAUGAGGAUCGUGAGGGUGGUGUUUAUCGUAAUGCAAGGAAUGACGACAAGGGGUCGCGGCAAUCAUGGGCUAGCGCAAGAAGUCACACAGAAUCGUGGGAGGGAAGGAGGCGUGAGAUGUCGGACAUAGAUGCUCCCAUUGCUGGGGGUUCUUCGAAGGGGUACCUGGAUGCAGAUAAAGGAGAGACGGAAUGGUCGAGUGCAGAAGAGGUAGAGUCUGCUACGGUCUUUGAGGCCGAGUUGCAUAAGGCGGUCAGGGCCAGGGAAUUGAGGAGACUCUCAAAGGUUGAAGGGGAAGGGGAUAGUGAGAAGGAGGAAGACAAGAGAGCCCAGGGAUCUCCAGUCCUGGGAACAGUCUCGGAGGGCCACAGAAAAGAUGUUGGAUCACAGACGCUGCAAUCUCCUUUGGGCCAGAUGAAGAAUGACUAUGAUGUGGAAUCAGGGAACGAGUACGGGGAGCAGCAGGGGGAGCGAAAGGAAGAGCAUGCAGUGCGAAUUCAAUCUGCCUGGAGAGGCUACGCGACAGAUAUGAGGGAAGGUUGUCGACUGUCAUUGUAUAUGUUUUAUCAGCGUUCCUGUGGUUACCACUGUGAUAUGCUACUGCUUUGUCAAGAGAGACGGUUCUCGUCAUCAUCGCUCAACCCAUCUUGUCGCUUGGAACUUCUGGCUGCCUGGCAUCACUCCCUCAAGCAGGCCGUCGCAGGGGGGCACAAGUUCAUGCUAGAAACCUGCACUGUCAGCCAGUCUAGGGGAUACCAGGUGCGAAGAGCCUACGAGCGGCAGCUAUACCUCCUAGAAAGAUUCCAGGCACAUGUCAGAGGUUACUUGACGCGGAAGAAGCAUGAUCCAAUGAAUCGUAGAUCGGGGGCGCAGAGGUCAAGGGCUCGAGCAAAGGCAUCAAAGCUCAAUGACCAGAGGGUGCAAACGGUCAGGAGGGAAAUUCAAUGCAAUGAGGAUGCCAAUGAGGCGGGAAACGGUACUCUUCCCGGAGAAGUGGAUUGCGGACACGGGAAUGAGAACGUGAUAAACACUGGGAAGGAGAAUGCAGUAACUGAUCCUUGCCGCGCAGUCAAAGUGGGGGGCUGGUCAUCCAGAGCAAGCUGUGAACUGGUUGUCUGUCACCGAAUCGAUUGGCAAAGGGAUGCCGCACGUUUUCAUGAGGCUGCCCUCGCUCGCGCGCGGUUGAGACAAGCUUUGACCAGCCAGAAGAGGGAUUUGAAGGCGGCAUCCGCCGAGUGUGUUCCAUUGGUUGCGUAUGGGAACAAGGAGCACGGCUCCCGGACUACCUGUCGAACCACCUGGUCUGCCAUGAGUGAGGCUCAGUGGUUUUUCAGCGCUUCAGAGGGCGGCGAGAACUCUUUUCAGUUCAUGAGUGCCUCUGAGGAAUGCGAGACUCGCUCUGUUGCCUACUUUAGUGCUGUUGAAGGUGGAGGAGUGAGUUCAUCUUCCAGAUUCCUUAGUGCCUCAGAAGGAGGUGACGGUACAUCCUAUCGGAGUUUUAGGACUUCUCCUUUCGACACCUCAUCUUUUAAGAGUUUGGGAACUUCUCCUUUCGAUACAUCAUUCAGUUCGUGGAGUAGUCGGUUGAACCACAUGAGGGGUUCAUCGGGGUCAAGGAGUCGCCUCGGUUCCUAUCAUUACCGCUAUCGCACAGGUAUGAGGAGAACAUGUGUCCAUAGCAGUGAUGACAGGGAAGAAACUCAAAGUAGGACAAGUUACUGGUCUAAAAGCGAUGUAUACUUCUCGGCAUCUGAAGGAGGAGGAGGAAGAGGAGGAGGAGGAGGAGGAGGAGGAGGAGGAGGGGGAGGAGGAGAGUACGGCUCUUCCAAUGAAGCUGAUAUUGUCAAUGAUAAGGGAAGGCGAGGCAGAGAAUAUGAAGGUGGUGAAGCUUUCGUCGGUGGUCCCGACCAUCAGCUUGAUGAUGAGAGAUUGUUGCAACUGCAGGUGCGAGAGAAAUAUGGUUUCCGUUUCCAGUCGCUCUCUCAAAGAACUAAUGGUAGUCCUCUUCGACAUGGCUCCUUGGAAGAGCGUAAGGAGAUAUCCCCUGUUCGUGGCGCAGAUGCUGGGAUGAUUUGCGGGAAGAGGAGCAGCAGAAAUGGAGAGAAUAGUACCAAAUUAUCGCGGAAUCAAAGCACGUCCCCUUCCAGUGCUAAUGCCCCCCCGUCUAAGGAACACCUCGGUGGUCGACUGACUGAGUGCGAUCGUUGGCGGCAUAACCGGCUGGCGAACCGUCAUAGUAUGUUGCAAGACCAUGGACGUUGCUCAGGCUUGGGAUCAACAGAGUAUGAUGCCAUUCCACGCAGAGAAGCAGAGUUGGUGGUCCAGGCUGUUGGUCAAGCCAUGCAUAACAGCUGCGAUUCUGAGACGGAGGUUUGGGAAUCGUGUUCCAGUGCAGCAACUCAUUGGGGAUGGAGUACAACUCCCUCAAGACAGCCUGCGCGUGGGCAGGAUCAGGACCCCAAUAUGAGCUCAGGGUCUAGUCCUCGAGCAGCUCGACUACCCAGUGGUGGGCAAGAUGAAGGAGAAGUAUGGCAGGUUCGAGUGCGGACCAAAAAGGUUAGAGGAAGGGGGAGAGGGAAGAAGAGAGGGGAGCGAACUGACGAAAAAGUUAAGAAGAAAAAGAAGGCGACAGCUAUGGUGGAUCGAAAAGAAGCACUCAGUCUCGUGAAGAAGAUCGUUGCCAGUGUAGAGGGAAGCGUUCUGGGUAGGGGUGGUGAGCAGAAGAGAAGAAAGCAGUUAUUGCGAAGGAAAUGGAAAGUGGUGGACCAUACAGAGGGGAGGCAGAAAAUAGUCAAAGGAACAGAAAGGCAGGGACAGGAUGGUGAUGAAGCAGGAAAGCAUAUAGUAAGGCAUUCACUGCAAGGGAGAGCCUCAGGGGUGGAUGCUGAGCAAGCCCAGCAGGGAAGAAGAAAAGGGAGAGAGCGCAUCACGCGGAGAGUUGCAGCAAGCUUGCAAUGGAAAUGGAAAGAUGAGAUAGAUGAGGAGGCGGCAGCUGAAGUGAAUGCGGACAAGCACAUCGGUGGUGAAGAUGCUCGAGACAUUAGAAGCAAACAUAGUCUGGAUGACAUUGACGAUGAUGAUGAUGAUGAUGAUGAUGAUGAUGAUGAUGGCGAUGAUAAGCUGGAGCAGGUCAUGCAUCAAUGCCACAAAGACUUGUCAAACUGUCAGGCUCAUUCUGAAGAUGCGGGGAGUGAUACGCUUGGUUUGCACAUUAUGCAAAGAUGGGAAUUAGAAUCUCUAGAUGGAGCAUCAUGGGAGGAGGAAGAGGGGGAGGAGGGGUCUGAGGCGUUCGGAUGGAAGGGAACUACAGGAAACACAGCUGACCAGGAUGAUGAUAUACAAUCGGGAUCUGGAGGCGGUGACGAGUCCCCUCUUGGGGGGGCUUGGAGAGAACUGAGGAUGGUCAUUGAGUUAAGGAGACAUGUGCGCAAGGUUGUGGAGGAGAGAGAGAGGGCACAACAGCUGGAAGAGGAGAGUCGAGCGUUAGAAAGAGAGAGAGAGCUGGAGGAACUGGCCCGGAUGACGACAGAUCUCGAUACUGCGAGUGAAGACACAAGGAGAAGUAGGAGGACGGAGAAUAGGACUAGCAGUAGCAGUUGCAGAUGCAGCUGGAGGAGCGAGGGAGAAGAAGAGGGUGCAAAGACUGGGCUUGGCGGAAUUUCUCGUGCAGAGAACCGGGCGGCCAAUCUAAAGAUUGAGCAAGGACAGGUAAGCAACCCAAUCCCUGGGAACCUAGAGGGGAUGGUCAUGAAGAGCACAGACACUUCAUCUAGUAAGUUCUCCAAUUUCCGCGACGAGCAUGUGGCUGCCUUGUCAGACGCAAAUGAUUCACAGCUACCACAACAGAAAUUGGAAUCAGAAUCCGUCGCAGAAGGAAAAGAAGAAGAGGACAAAAUUGUAGAGCUAGUAGUGGUCCCAGAAGCAGCAGCAGCAGCAGCAGCAGGAGUAAACAAAGAAGAAGAAGAAGAAGAAGAAGAAGAAGAAGAAGAAGAAGAAGAAGAAGAAAGUAUAGGAAGAGUAAGAGUGGAGCUAGGUGAAUGCAAAGAGGAAGUAGCAUACAGAGAUGUGUGGGCAAAGCACUUAGAUACAGAACCUGUAGUUCUUCAAGAGACAUCACCAGCAUCAACAGCAACAGCUGCAACGAGGGAAGACGAAGAUAUCAUGGAGAAAGUAGUUGUAGUUGGAGCAGAGGAAGGUGGGGAACCCGAUACAGAAAGUACAGAGAGAUGUGUGCAGGACGAAAAUCUCAUGGACAACGAACCUGACGUUGUUCAGCAGUCAUGGCAACUAGACGACUGUCUUCGGAAGAUGAAAGGGUUAGAAAGGGGGGCAAAAGAUAAAGAAGGCCGCCGCUUUGUAAAUGUGACGUUAUUGGGUAUACAAACUGGGGAGGAGGAUGCAGAAGAAUGGGGUUAUGUUCAGGACAACUCAGUCAGACAAGCAAUAGCAGCCCAAGCUGAACUUGCGGGGCCAGCAGGAGAGAGAGAGAGAGGAGGAGAGAGAGGAGAGGUGACGGAAGAGAGGAAAGAAGGUGAACCUUGCAAGAGUGUGGCUAUGGACAUCAGAGUACAGGCAGAACCAGCUCACUCUUACUGUGGUGCCCCCAACUUCUUUGGCUCCAGCGACAAUAUCUGCCGGGAUGCCAUGAUAGUGGCAUGCCAUACGGAGCAAGAGGAGCGGGUUAGGCGGCAAUCAAGGGCUGGGGACCAAAACGGUAAUGAGGAGAAGAGCCUCCAGCAAAUUCAGAAGUUGGACGAAGAUAUUCAUGUGGAGCAGGGAGAGGACGUGCACAUUGCGGAGCAUGCUGUGAAGACUUUCAGUGACAGUUUUAGCGGGAGGGCUGAGUGCGCAGGGGCUGCGGAACGGAAUGAUAACGAGGAGAAGAGUCUCCCACAAAACCGGAACUUGGACGGAGGUCAUGUGGAGCAGCAGGGAGACGACAUGCGCAUGGAAGAGCAUGACGUUGAGACUCUCAGGGACAGUUUUGGUGGGAUGGUUGAGUGCUUCCCAAAAUGGGCGAGAGGGGGGAUGACGAACAUCUCAGGCACUUCUUUGGGAGAGGAUGGCACUGAGUCACCUUCAUCUUCAUCGGAAUCUGGAGCACUCUUACGGAGAGGGUUGACGGUGAAGAUGCGGACGUUAGAACAAGUCGGCGCUUCAAUCCCAGUGCACAUGCGAGCAAUGGAGGAGCAUGACUCUCACACCACGCGCUCGGAGGAAGACCAGACUGACUUGGGCUCAGAUGGAAGCUGCGUGCAAGUGGAUCCCACAAUGAAAAAACGUGUUUUUAAUCCUCUUUCCAACUGCAUGAUGGUAUCUGGGAAGGCGGUGGCGGCAGAAGGCACCCAGCGCCUCCGACUGACAGGUGUGUUUUCGGCUAACGGGAACCGAAAACCGAGAGGAGCCGUACUCCGAGCACAAGAGGAGGAAGAAGAAAGUGUUGGUGAAGAAUGUGGUGGAGCCCAGCAAGGAGGAGGAGGAAAAGGAGGAGGAAGAGGAGGGGGAUGCAGAGGAAACGUCGUCGAAGUAAGAGAAUAUGAAAGGCAGAGUAGAAUGAGGCAGGCCAGCUUCGAGGUAGCAGUAAUAAGAAGUGGGUUUCAAAGUGAUCAGAGUCAAGGAGGUGAGAAAGUUUGUCGAGGAGAUAAAGAGGAUGCCGUGAAAUGUACAGCGCAGGAUGUUGAAAGCGACAGAAGGGAUGGGAAGUUGAACGAAGUGAUGAAGAACUUCCACGAAGAGGAACACCGGUACGAGAAGACUCAGAAGAGAGAAUUCACAUUUGACUGUGACAGUCAGUUUACGAAACGAUCAUCCGAAUCAGAAAAGCUUAACCAUCAGCAAGUUGUUUUCAAGGGAUCUCACGGGGAAAUCACCGAGUCCAUAGAGAACUUCACGAGAUGGGCUGUUGAUGUGACAGAAGAGCAGGAUUGUCAUGGACAGCGUAGACGGACAAUUGCUGAAUCGCGUAGAUUUCAGUCUUGGCUCACCUACGAACUCGGAGAGCGAUGGAAAUACGUCAACUUUAGUAGAGUCAGUGUGCCCCUUCUGCUCAAGGAGAUGGUGAAGGAGUAUGAAGAGAUGAAUAGCUCUCACCAGACUUGGAGCAAUCAAAUGCGUGCAGCCAGAGAAGAGUGGGCCAAGAUCCGAGGUGCUGACGAGGAUAUGGAGGCUUGGCUCAGAGAGUCACGUCUCCUUCAAGCUGCAGAACGUUCAGGCACUUGACGCCUUCUCUACCUUUUCCUUUCUUUACACCCAUGCCUCCCUUUCUCCUGUCUCUUAUACACAUCUAGAUGUGUAUAAGAGACAGGAGAGAGACAGACAGACAGACAGACAGACAGACAGACAGACAGACAGAUGCACAGACGAACAGACAGAGGGAGAGACAGAGGAAGAGAGAAGGGGAGGGAGACUCAAGCUCCACUCCAGGUGUCAAGCUGGAGACCGUGGCAGGGAGCGGCAGGAGGUAUUUUUUUAUUGGGCUUCAAGGGCUUGUCAACGAGCUGUGCGCGGGCCCCACUGCUGCAGAGUAUGUAUGGAUUCACCGUACCAUUAUUAACGAUGUGGGUGGCCAAUUUUCUAGACAAGGGCUUUUUACCAAAUGUCACACCGAAACAUUACAGCUCUCAUCACCUUUUGCAUAGAAGGAUAAAUCCGUAAAUUACUAAAUUAGUAAAUUGGCUUAUAACUUGUGUGACAUUACAGCUCAUCAACUUAAAGUUUUGCAUAUAAGCCUUAGGGUAAAUUCGUAAACUGGCAUAUAACUUAAAAGUGGCAUUACAUCUCAUCAGAAUUUGCGUACAAGGAUAAAUCCGUAAACUGGCCUCUAACUUGAUAUAAGGAUAAAUCCGUCGACUGGCAUAUAAGGAUAUGUCCGUCAACUGGCAUUGACAUGAUUCCUUUGACGAAAGCAUGACAUUGUCCGUUUCGGCUCUGUCGCGCACGGAACGACAUGGGGCAAGUUCCCACUAGCACCUCUGCGCCUCUUUUUGCGGAGGCAAGUUCCCUCUGGUUUGGCAAGCUUUGUCGGUACGCCAGCGCGACGGUUGUUUUUUCUUUCGCCAGGCACGGCCAGCUCCAUUUUGGUCCAGUAGUCCCACGCGGAGGACAUGUUCGGAUUGGCUUCAUUUCGAUUCUCAAGUUUUCGCCUCGGCGAGGUACCGGUGGUUAAGCCUGACAACCAUCUGAUCGGCGAGCAUGUACCAUAGGGUUCGAAAACACUAUUUUCUUCACACGAAUACAACGCCCGGUCGUAAUAGCUGUAUUUAGGGCACCUUAAAGUCUAGAUACAGUGAUAAUGACUGGGCGUUCUAUUCGGGUGAAGACGGUAGUUAUCAUUGGCUUUGACAGGUAUGUAAAAGUCUACCAUAUAUCAACAGGGUGUGUUUGUCAGGCUCUCGCAGGAUUGAGGUGUUUGAUUGGCAUGUAGCUGUGGGGGGCUGGCGAGGGGUCAGGUGGGAUUAGCAGUCUUUGCGUACUUGUGGAAUGACCUGAAGUGAUGAGAAGGUGGUUGUUUAUGGUUUAUGGUUUAUGGUUUAGGGUUUAUGGUUUAGGGUUUAGGGUUUAGGGUAUAUUGUGCUCAUGUACUUCGCACGGGGUGUUCUUAUACUUGUGUAAUGUAGACUGGCUUUGGACAGUAAUCGCAUCAUCGGAUUGCACUUUCGAAGGACUCGCUCUUGCUGUAGACUGUUCUUCCGAUGAAUAAUCGGUGGCUACCAACUGCGUACCAUAGUAGCUACACUGCCCUAACGACGUACUGGGAGAGGAUUGUUGUUUCAAUGAAUAAUUUAGAAAUUA